AUGCCUGGAGAGGUUCAUGUCCUCAGCAGGAGGGACAGGCAAUCUUGUGUUCUUAGCCUCAGCCAGGACGGGCUGGAAGUACUUCUGUGGGUGCCUGAGGCAAAGCACUUCUGCCCCAAUGUGCCAAUCAUCCUGGUGGCCAACAAGAAAGACCUGCGCAGCGAUGAGCAUGUCCGCACGGAGCUGGCCCGAAUGAAGCAGGAGCCAGUGCGCACGGAUGACGGCCGCGCCAUGGCGGUGCGCAUCCAAGCCUAUGACUACCUCGAGUGCUCGGCCAAGACCAAGGAGGGUGUGCGCGAGGUCUUCGAGACGGCCACAGGCACAGUGCUGCAGAAGCGCUAUGGCACUGUUGGGGACUUGGAGACAGACAGCUCCCUGCCGCUCACUGGCCACCCAGUCUAG